AUGGACAUGACGCCCACUGCAUCUGCCGUAAUGGGGCCGCCUGGGCACAGCAGCCCUGAAAUGGAUACUGCGGGACCCUUGAGCAACGGCAAUCACGGGGAGGCUACGCACAUGCAGAAUGGAACGACUGGCAAUGGAAUGAGUGCUGCCGCAGCAACAUCGUCUCAACAGCCGAAAGUGGUCCAGACUGCUUUCAUACAUAAAUUAUACAGUAUGCUGGAGGACCCAACCAUAGCGAACUUGAUAUCUUGGGCGCCUAAUAACGAGAGCUUUGUCAUGUCACCCUCUGCCGACUUCUCAAAAGUUCUUUCACAAUACUUCAAGCAUACCAACGUCUCAUCAUUUGUCCGGCAGCUCAAUAUGUACGGCUUUCACAAGGUGAGCGACGUAUUUCACACAGGAUCACCCGAAUCUACGCUGUGGGAGUUCAAGCAUGGCAAUGGGAACUUCAAAAGAGGGGAUCUCGCAGGUCUACGGGAGAUAAAGAGGCGAGCAUCGAGACACGCCUUGAUCCAUCGAGAUUCCUUCUCGUCGCCCCACAAGGCAAGCGUUUCUCAGCCUGGGACGCCUGCUGAGCCCGUCGUGGACCCGGCGGAGCUUCGAUUGCAAGGUCUUGAACAUAGCAUAUUCGAUUUGCAUGCGAGGCUCUCGCGAACCGAGGAGAGCAAUACCGCUCUUAGCGCCAAAUGUCACGUCUUGAAUGAAAGCCUGGUGAAGUGCCAUCAGUGGAGCCUUGACCUGUGUCAUCUCAUUACAUCUAUGAUCCCAGAUACAGACAAUCCUGUCCGGCGUGACGCAACUAUCAUGGAAAGAGACAUCCUGAGGCAACUUGACAUGGUACGCAGCUACGAAGACCCACACGAGUCAUUACUCUCGGGCAGACAGCCCUACUUCUCAAACAUGGCUCUCAACGCGGAGCCCUUGUCACCACGCCAAGUCGCCUCAGAUGAGCGACGCCCCUCACUACACGCAGUUCCUCCUCGCCCACAUGCGUUCAAACCCUACCAGCCCCAAGCUCCUCCUCCACAUCCCUUGCCUGUGCCUGUGCCUGUCCCACAACGGCGAUACGGUUCGAUCGGAACCACAGGCGCGUUGCCCACUUACGUCCGACCGUUGCAGCCUCAAACACAGAUACAUCAACCAUCCUCUCAGCAUCCUCUCUCCAUGGUCUCGGAACCUCCAGGUCCUAAUAUGGGACGUCGGCACACCUCCGCAGAUAUUAGGGUACCUGGGUGGCCUGGUCAUGGCACCGAUUCCCCUUUAGCAUCAGGCCAAUCAUCCACACAUUGGCCUUCAUCGCCCACGCAAGUACCGAUGACCAGCGACCAACAUAUACGAGAUACGCUCGCAUCCUAUGAGCUGGGUGCACCUCGGAAAUCCUUCAGCUCGCAUCAAACCACACCACCAUUGACAAGCAGUGAUACGACCAACUCGACAGUCAGCAUGGAAAGUCAUUGGUCGAACUCUAACCCAUUCGCCUCCAAUCCCAACCCUUUCGCAUCGAACCAAAAUCCAUUCGGUGGGUCGAAGUUCCAGCCCAGACAUCAAUUGGACUCGGCACCCCAGACGAGAAGAAGCAGUAUGGCGAGCAACGUGCAUAGUCUACUAAACCCAGCAGAAACCGCGGAGAGGGACGAGGAUGAGGGAAUGGGAUUGGAUGAUCGGAAGAGGAAGAGGAUGCAGUAG